CCCUCUUUCCUUCGCUAUGAAAAAUAUUUGGACAUACUGGACUAACGAUUGCCAGCCCGUGUUAAUUAGCUCAUUAUGAUGCUGAUUUACAUUAUUUGUUGACGGAAUCAGAACCGUAGUGCAUAGUGGUCAGGGCCGCUAGGGAUUAUACUUGCCAGGGCCGUCCUCCGAGCUGCUGGGAUAACUUUGGAGAAGUUCUUUGUAUUCGGGAUAGUCACACAGCUUGGCCAACAAGUUGAACAUGGACUGGGGCACAGAGCUUUGGGACCAAUAUGACAUCAUUGAGAAGCACACACAGUCUGGCCUUGAGCUGGUGGAGAAGUAUGUGAAGUUUGUGAAGGAGAGGACAGAGAUUGAGCAAAACUAUGCCAAACAACUGAGGAACCUUUCAAAGAAAUAUAACCCGAAACGAAGCGGCAAAGAUGAACCAGAGUGCAGGUUGUCCAGCUACCAGUCUUUUGUGGACAUCCUGAAUGAGAUGAAUGACUACGCGGGGCAGAGAGAGCUAAUUGCUGAGAACAUGAUGAUGAACAUUUGCAUCGAUCUCACAAAGUACCUGCAAGAGCUCAAGCAGGAACGAAAAACGUAUCUAUUGGACGCCAAGAAGGCCCAGCAGAGUUUGGAAAGCACCUACAAACAGCUCGACAGUAGUAAAAAGCGAUUUGAAAGGGAAUGGAGAGAAGCAGAGCGCGCAGCACAGUACGCAGAGAAGACAGAUCAGGACAUCAAUGCCACAAAGGCGGAUGUUGAAAAAGCAAAACAGCAGGCUCAUAUGAGAGCUCAUGUAGCGGAGGAGUGUAAGAACGACUACGCUGCUCAGCUUCAGAAGUACAACAAGGAAAAGAACCAGUUCUAUUUUAGCGAUAUGCCUCUUAUUUUCAAUAAAUUGCAAGAUCUGGAUGAGAGGCGAGUACGGAAGGUGGCGCAGGGAUACAUCUUGUUCUCAGACACAGAGAAGCAUGUGAUGCCUAUCAUUGGCAAGUGCCUAGAGGGCAUUACUAAAGCCGGCACUAAUGUUGAUGAGAAGAAUGACUCCUUGAUUGUAAUAGAGCAGAACAAGUCUGGCUUUGAACGCCCUGGAGAUGUGGAGUUUGAGGACUACAGUCAGGGCAUCAACCGAGCCUCUUCUGACAGCAGCCUGGGAACGCCCAAAGGCCCCAUGGACGUCCUGGGAAAGAAUAGAAACAAAAACUUUUGGCUUUUCAGCAAAAAGAGUAAGCUCUCUACAUCCACGCUCCCACCUUUCUCAACACCCCCCGCCCCCUCGCCUGCUAACGGACCCAAUUCCCCCAAGUUUGGCCGGGACCCCCUGUCGUACUGUUUGAAGGAGAUCAAUAAGACAGUCAAACCCAGAAUCUCUUCCUUCCGGACGCUCAGGAGAUCGAAGUUUACUCCAGACAGGAACACGCCUACAGUGACAGAGGACUUCGCCCAUCUUCCUCCUGAGCAGCGCAGGAAGCGGUUGCAACAGAAACUAGAGGACAUUUGCAAAGAGCUGCAAAAGGAAGUAGAUCAGAGUGAGGCCCUGGGGAAAAUGAAAGAUGUUUAUGAAAAAAAUCCCCAAAUGGGAGACCCUGCUAGUCUGGCACCCCAAAUUAACCAGACAUCCCAGAAUAUAGAGCGGCUCAGAGGAGAGCUCAACAAGUACGAGACUUGGGUUGCUGAGGCAGGAGUUCGAGGGGACACGUUGCGCUAUAAAAGUCAUACAUUCAACAACAAUGGAGGUCACGAUCUUCUCAGCCCUGAUGGAGCUCACUCAGAUGAGAGCACUCCUGAUACCUCCCAGGCCAUCUACGCUGAGUUUGAUGAUGACUUUGAAGAUGAGGAACUGACUGCCCCUAUCGGGAAAUGCACGGCCAUGUACAGCUUCCCUGGUGCCAGUGAAGGGACCAUCUCUAUGCAGGAGGGGGAGGUUCUGUCUGUGGUGGAGGAGGACAAAGGGGACGGCUGGACCCGUGUCCGUAGGAGCAAUGGGGAUGAAGGCUACAUACCAACAUCUUAUGUCACCGUCAGCAUAAACAAAUGACAGACAUAAUAGGAACAAGAGAAGAAAGGAAUUAUCACUUCUCCAAACUGUAUGCAAUUAUUCCCAUGGGACCAAUCAUGAAGAGGCAUCAGCACUAUGGGCGGGACCUCUGGUGUAUCCAGACGGGGAUGCCCACGCUUGGCAGAGGAUUGGUGCUGACAGUCUGUUCCUCCUCCUUUCCCAGUCACCUACCCAAAACACAAGGUUGUUUUACUUUUUGAUAUCAUGUCAGAAUCAUUCUGUGGUUUUGGUUAAAAACAUUUGCAUGGACCUUUCGCACUAUCACGGUACGAGUGCUCAACCUCACAGCCUAAUAAUCCAUUGGCUGCUAAAAGUGAGCUGAAGAAAGUAGAGACGGAGGAUGAAAGGAGUGCUGCUGCCAUCUAUACACUGAGUGUUAAUGCCAGAAGAAGGAAGUUACCUCACCUCUUUAAGGCAAAAACUGACCUGCCGUUCUCAUUCAUGUCACGCGUGCCACUUCUUAGCUUUACUAGCACUUGCAAAGAUGUAUGGUGCUGUCACUUUGCUCCUUGUCGGGGGUAAGAUCUUGAGGUUUUGGGGAAGAACUCUUAUUUUGAGAGACCAAAUGUGGAUACAGCUCUCCCAUCAUAGUAAAUCACAAACACUCUAUUGUUCAGACAAUCACUGUCAAGUUUAUUUUCAACACAUACCAAUAACAAGAUAUAGCUGUUACAACCUGAGAAAUGUACUAAAAAUAAUUUAUUACAAAUGUGUAUGUUCUAUGAAUAAAACUUAAGUUUGACAGAAGUUUUACUUUCAA